AUGGGAGAAAAAGCGCGAAAAUUAAAGGAAAUAUUUGAUGAAAUUACUAUUUGAAGUUGGCGCAGACCAUAUUUGCGAAUCUUAUUGAGAAAUCUUUUAAUUCUACACUAUCUAUUAAUCAGUAGAUUUUUAAAUUCAGUAAUAAAUAUUGUUUCAAUGGGCUGCUGCUGCAUAACGAAGUCUUCUAUUUUAGCACGCAUUAAUAGGCAGAGGCAGGAAUCCAGACAGGAAAGCCAAAGACACAACAUGGUGGUUUUUAAUCGAGUAAAUAACUCCUUGGUAUGUCCCACAUGCAGGAUGGAAUUCCCAAGGACCACAGAAAUUCCAUUAUUUGCUGAACAUUUGAUUUCCUGUUCGAGGAACCGAAAUGAAAAUCAGCAAAAUAAGUUAUUAAACAUCCAAAUCUCCAAAGAUCUCCCAUAUGAUACCAAGGUCAAAUGACUUUACCAAGAAUUCGACAAAAUCCGAGUCCCCUGACAGUCAGAAAACGUCAAAAUCAAUGUGACUCGUGACGAUUUCGUUCAAGCUUCUCUAACUCAGGUGCUAUUCUGCACAGCUGAAGACAUGCAUAAAGAGUUUCAAAUUAGCUUUAAAGGAGAAAUUGGUAUAGAUGCCGGAGGAAUCUUCAGGGAAUGGAUAACUCUGCUUCUAAGAAACCUUAUUUCAGAAGAGUAUGGUCUCUUUGUAAAAGCAUCAAGCACGAUGACAAGCUACACCUUCCCUAAUGUUUGUACUGACGAAUAUGUAUCCAGCUACGUAUUUUUUGGGAAACUUAUGGGGAAAGCUCUAUUUGAAAAAAUCCAGAUUAAUUGUCCUUUAUCUCAAGUAAUUUACAAGCAUCUUGUUGAAGAAAAAAUUGAGCUGAAGGAUCUGAAUUUCCUGGAUAGCGAGGUAAAAAUUAUUUAGCUUUACUCUUCAUUGAUGUAUAUGAAAGACAAUAUACUUGAAGACGGAAUUUAUGCGAGUUUUGAAUUAGAAAAAGAAAUCGAUGGAAAAAUAGUUAAAUUUCCAUUGAAAGAAGAUGGAGACCAAAUCAUGGUUUCUGAAGAGAACAAAGAAGAAUACAUUGAAAAACGAUUGAGAUUUGAGACUUAUGAAAUAAUGAAAGGAGGCCUGGAAUUGUUGCUGCAAGGAUUUUACUCUGUGAUCCCGAAAGCGUUAAUAAAAAAUUUUACCUCUGAAGAGCUUGAGCUUUGCUUAUGUGGGCUUCCAUUAAUCGAUUUAGAAGAUUGGCAAGAUUUCACUGAAUACAGAGGAGAAUAUAGCAGAAAACAUCAAGUCAUUGAGUGGUUUUGGGAAAUUUUAGCAGGAUUCACCCAAGAGCAGCUUAUGAACCUAUUGGUCUUUGUAACUGGAUCUCCUAGACUUCCUGUUGAAGGGUUUUCUUCACUGAGAACGUUAAGAGGAGACACAGCACGGUUCACAAUUGAGCCAACAAUCUAUAGCCAAAGGAACAUUUACCCAAUGUCUCACACUUGCUUUAAUAGGCUAGAUCUUCCUAUGUAUCCUACAAAGAAAGAAAUGAAAAAAGCUAUGAAAUUUGUUAUUAACAGCCAUGUUUUUGGUUUUGGGAUUGAGUAG